GUCUCUUGUGUGCUGAGAGGCUUCAGCGCUGGAAAUGCCGCCCAAGGGCAUCCAGGUGUGCUGGUCCAGCAUGGAAGGGGGCUGGGCCCUGGAAGCUUGUUCUCGGGUCUCUUGCAGACAGAAGACUCUCUACAUGUGGCGAAGUGUCACUUCUGACUCUGGCUGCCCGCCCAGCAGAAGUCUGCUUCCGAGAAUGCGGCGGAGAAAAAUAUUCUGGUUGCCUUCCCUUCAUGUCUAGGCGCCCGUCAGCGUGCGUUUCUUCAUGAAAUUGCUGAAUCUGCCGGCCUGCACCAUGCAAGCGAGGGUGCUGGAUCUGAGCGCUACAUAGUUGUCGGCUCGAAGCGCCAGGAUGCACGUAAGGUGUCGGUCUCUGCCCCCCAAGGCGGCGCCUUUUCGGAUGCUGACUUAUGUGCAGCAUUGCUUGCACAUCUCGGGUUAGAUGCGGCAGACCGCCUGCCAUGCACCUCGUCCUCUCGGUCGCAGCCUGGCAAGGCUGGCGGCAAGAGCACGUGUCAGAAUGUCGGCUCAGACGAGGCGGCCACCGUAGAGGCCUUCGUUGAGCUUAGCCGCAAACUCAUCGAAAUGGAACGCGAAGCUGAAAUCGCUCAGGCCAACGAAGAGACGUCAACGUGCUCCCCCGAAACCGCCCAGGCUCGCGGACGUGCUCUCCUGAACCUCCGCUUGGACGACGUCGAGGGCGGCCUUUUGGGUCGAACCCUCCUCACCCUCGUCUCCAACAAGGGCUACGGCGCCGGCGGCCCGCCUGCUGAGCUCCCGCCCCACAAGUUCGGCCCCCAUGACGUCGUCGCCAUCCGGCCCAGCCGCGGCCCAUCCGACGGCCCUGCCCUGGUUUCCGGCGUCAUCUACCGCGUUCGCGAGACCUCCAUCGUGGUUGCUGUGGACGAGGCGCCGGAGGAGGGCCUCGACCAGCCGGUGCGGCUGGACAAGCUGGCCAACGAGGUCACCUACCAGCGCCUGCAAGGCACCCUUGACGCGCUGCUGCGGGUCAGGGGCGGCACCGCUGCUACCCCUGACGGCAGGUUGCUGCCGGGCGGGACGCUGGUUGAUGUUGUGUUUGGGCGGCGUGAGGCGCGGUUUGCGGCGGCGGCGCGUGCCUGGCAGCCGCUGAAUGGCGGCUUGGAUGAGUCGCAACGUGCCGCUGUUACGCUGGCACUGUCGAGCCAAGACGUCGCCCUGGUUCACGGCCCGCCAGGUACUGGCAAGACGACUGCUGUCGUGGAAAUCAUCCUUCAGGAGGUGGCUCGAGGAUCCCGCGUCCUGGCGGCGUCCGCGUCUAACAUUGCGGUGGACAACCUGGUUGAGCGGCUGGUGCGGGCCGACCCCAAGAUCAAGCUGGUGCGUCUGGGCCACCCCGCGCGCCUGCUGCCUCAAGUGCUGGACAGCAGCCUGGAGGCGCACGUGCUGCGAUCCGACAACAGCGCCCUCGCGCGCGACUGCCGAGCCGAAAUCAAGGACAUCAACAGCCGCCUGCUGAAGCUCGGCCCCCGAGACCGAGCCGAGCGCCGCGCCCUGCGUGGCGACCUGCGGCGCCUGGCCAAGGAGGAGCGUCAGCGUCAGGAGGCGGCGGUGAAGGAGGUGGUUCGCGGGUCGCAGGUGGUGUGCUGCACGCUGACGGGUGUGGCGCACCGGCAGCUGGAGGCGGAGCUGUUUGACGUGGCAGUGGUGGAUGAGGCGGCGCAGGCGCUGGAGGCAGCCACGUGGGGGGCGCUGCUGCGCGCCCGGCGAGCCGUGCUGGCGGGCGAUCACCUGCAGCUGCCGCCUACGGUGGUGUGCGAUGAGGCGGCGAGACUGGGUUUGGGUCGCACGCUGUUCGAGCGGCUGCAGCGCUCGCUCCCCGCCGCCAGCGCCAUGCUCACCGUGCAGUACCGCAUGAACAAGGCCAUCAUGCAGUGGUCCAGCGAUGAGCUCUACGAGGGCAAGCUGACGGCACAUGAGUCCGUCGCGGAGCACACCCUGGCCGACGUGCAGGCAGCGGCUGCAGCAGCGCCCAAGGCAGCACCUGCGACCAAGAGCGGGAAGGCAGCUGUCGGGGCCAAGAAGGCCACUGGCAAGGGCAAGGCAGCUGCCAAGGCCCCUCCGCCGUCUUCCGCCGCCGCUUCAGCAGGGGCUGCCGCAGACGCAGACGCGGCGCAGCCGCUUCCGGUGCUCUUGCUGAUCGACACAGCUGGCUGCGGGUACGACGAGCAGCAGGAGGCUGAGGGCAGCAGCUAUGCCAACGCUGGCGAGGCGAAGGCUGUGAUGGCACAUGUACAGCGACUGAUCAAGCGAGGCAUCCCUGCGGCGGACAUUGGGGUGAUCACGCCAUAUAACGCCCAGGUCGCCUUGCUGAAGGAAAUGCGACAAGAGCGGAUUGGCUCGGGGCUGGAGAUUAGCAGUGUGGACGGCUUCCAGGGCCGGGAAAAGGAGGCCGUAGUCAUCUCGAUGGUCAGGAGCAACGAGUCGGGGGAAGUGGGUUUCCUGUCGGACAGGCGCCGCAUGAACGUGGCUGUCACUCGUGCCCGGAGACAUUGUGCCUUGGUUUGCGAUAGCGAGACGGUCUCGAAUGAUGGCUUCCUGAAGCGGCUUGUCGAGUACUUCACCGCUCACGGAGAGUACAGCUCUGCUGCGGAGCUUGUUCCUGACUCCUAGCGUGGCGGAAUUUCCAGUUGCGGGGCUUUGGAACUGGCUGUUUUGGACGUCAGGUGUUUCGCUGCACGGCGCGUAUGCAUGAGCUGUAAAGAUGUAACG